GCGGCCUAAAAUCAUAAUCGGAUUUUUUUCUUAAUUCAAUCGUUUUUUUUUUGUCCAGUUCGUGUUUCUUCUUUUAUUUUAAAAAUUACUAUACAAUUGUGCUACGGUGUGAAAUAUACGUAGUUUCUUUUUAAAUCACAAUUUUACCCCCUAAAAGGACAUACUUUGUGAUGAAAGUGAUAAACGCGUAAAGUGACACUUUUUGAAGUGCAAAAAAAGGUUGAGAAAGGGAUUUCGAUAUAUAUUUUUUUAAAUUUGUUUAGAAAUUCUUCUGAGAAUACUGAGCCAUGAAGUUAGUGGCGGUGUUAGCACUAUUGUGCUGUUUGAUGAUUGGCGCAUUGGCGUCACCUGUACCACAACAAGUUGAAAGUAAAGUGGUUGCUGAGGAAGUAAAGGCAACAGGAAGACAAGCUGCAGCAGUUUCAUCAGCCCCUCCAGCGGCUGAGGAAGACGAUGAUGAUGACGACGACGACGACGAUGAUAUUGAUUUAAUCCCAACGGACGACGACGACGAUGACGACGACGAUGAUGAUGAUGAUGAUGACGAUGAUGAUGAUACUGACGGAGAUUACCUUGACAGACUCCUUGAUGGUAUUCUUGGAGAUGACGACGAUGACGAUGACGAUGAUGAGACUCCAGCGGCAGCGGCGCCGGUUGCGGCUCCUGCACCCGCAGCGUCCGUUGUUCAACAAGCCGCACCGAGUCCAGCAAUUCCAGCGGCAGUUCAAGCCGAUUUAAACGCAAUUGCUGUUGAAGAUGCCGCUGACGAAGCAUCAUCAGAGGCAUCAAAUGAAACCGACGCUGGCACUUACGAGGAUGACACACCCGAAGGCCAAGCGGCGUCGACAGUUCCCGAAGUGUUUGCCGAACUUGAGCCUGCUGCUCAUCAGGUUGUCUUGAAUUCGGUAGCAGUCGCACCUGCACCGGCGCCAGUUGCAUCAUCUGAUGACGACGACGACGACGAUGAUGAUGAUGACGAUGAUGACGCAAUUCCUGGAAUUGAAGACGACGACGACGAUGAUGAUGAUGAGGAUGAAGAUGACGAAGAAUCAGACGACGACGACGAUGAUGACGAUGAUGUCACUGAUGCAGAGGAUGUCGUCGAUAGCAUUACUGAAGCGCGACAAGCACGAAUGUUGAAGACACACAGUCGGCCUAAAAGUGAUGUGACCAGUAUUUAUGUGACAAAAUAUAAUCGAUUCGUGGACAACAUUUUGGGAAGGAUUAACAAAAUUUUAAGCACCAAUUACGAUCCAGUUACUGUGAAAUUAAGUAAUCCUAAUUCAAGUUCAAAGACAAAUAAAAUAAAGUCAAAGAAGAAUAAAAAUUCCAAAAGAAAAUCAAAUAAAAAAGGAAAGAGAAAAAGUGCUACAGCAUCUGCAACAACCAUUUCUGAACUCAAUUCUGUUGCAUUGAAAAAUGCAAGUUCACUACGACUUUCCACAGUUGCAAAGAAAAUUGAUGAAUAUUUGAAGGAUUCCACUUCUUGGAUUGUCAGUACAACUCCCAUUAUGCAGACAAUUACACCUUCAAUUCUUGAAGAUAACAAGGAAUUGAUUCAAGUUGUCACUGUUCAGUCGGAAACGGGUCGUCGAGCCCCGUCUCCAAUUUCCAGCAACAAGAAAAAAACGAAGCCCAAAAAUAAGACAAAAACAAAAACGAAACUUCCCCCCUCUACUAAACCUGCCCCAACUUCUUCUUCUCCUCCUUCAUCAUCAUCCAACAAUAAAAUUAAACCAAAGAAGAGCAAAACGAGAGCAAAAGCUACUCUUUAUGGAUUGGCUUCACUUCAAAGAUCUGGAGAUGUUUCUGUAAAUAUGAUGAGUGAUCAUACAACGAUUAAAACGAAAUUUAGCUUAGGACCACUUAUGUUAAAAGUUGAAAAAGAAUUUGGCAGAUCAGCAAAGAAAGAACUGAGAAGUGCCACAGCGACAACUGCCGAGAUGUCGGGACGAUUGAGUCUUCGUGUUCUUAAUGGUGGAGCAGCUACUUUGCACUCUAUUCGCGUUUUACAACCAAAACAGGUUCGAGUGGAAAGUGCUGAUGACCAUGACAGGACUCGAGAAUUUGUUUGGAAAAGGUCUUCACAUAUUGCUCAUUUAGUGUCACAAAAACUUUCUUCCGCUACGAGAUCGAUGCUUCGCCCUCCACCUGUGCCAGUUGCUGCCUAAUUCCCUUUUUACACUCAUAUUUAUAAAAAAUCUUCAUCCAAACUUCCUCAAGAUAGAAAUUGAAAAUUUCAACUUCCCGUGUAAAACAAAUUUUUCUUGUUUUUACAUUUUUUUAUUAUUAUAAGCGGUUUUCCAUAAGUAUUUUAAAGAAUUGUAUGGGAAUUUUCUCCAUACUGUCCUACAAAAAGGUAAUGAAAAUUAUUACAAUUGUUGAAAUAAUAUAAAGAAAGAGAACAAACUUAUUAUUUCAAAAAGGAUAAAAGAUUAAAAAUCAUUAAUUUUAUUUUACAUAAUAAAUGGGCUUACAAAAGUUCAAUGCCAUUUAAAUAUAGUAAAAGAAUAAAAUAGAAUUAAGGGGACUUUUGGUGCAGGAUUUGUAAAAACACACUUUUUUAAACUCUUAAUGUAGGUGGCGUCUUCUAAAUGAGGAGACAGUUUCCGAGCAAAAUAUUUUACAUAAAUUAAAAAUUCAAACGGGAUAAAUUUCUGAUACUAAGGAACAUUUUACAGCAAAAAGAGAAAAAUCGAAUUUUCUGAAAUCCUUGACCAGAAAGUCCCCUUAAUUAAUUUAAAAACUUGUUCACUUAAAUUAAAAGGUUUAUUAAAAAUUCUUAUAUUAAUUUUUUCAAUUGUAAUAAUUUUAAGCUUUAAAAUUGUAAGAGAGAAAAAACAUAGAUUUGAAUUUUCUGACUCCCUUACUUUCGCUGCAUCUCAGCUGUCUGUGCAGACAUAAAACACCUAUUGUGGACAUAGGCUUACGAUAAGAAAAAGAGGAAUUAUUUUCUCUUUCAUGUCGGUAAAGAAUUCUAUUACAUUUUUAAUUGUAUCUAAAUAUUUAUUAUUUAUUUAUUUACAUAUUUAUUUAAAAAGUAUUUAUUCAAUCAUAAGGCUGAUGUAGGUACUUAUUGUCGGUACUUAUGAAAAAAUAAUAGCAUUACGGUAAAAUCGGGUAUGUAGAUUAUAAAUAUCACAUUGUGAUAGAAUAAGAAAAUGUGAUCCUCAUUUUUUUGUAAAUAAAUUAUAUUGCCAAAUUAA